CGUCUCAGAGGCUGCAAACUGCUGGAAUGUGCUAAGCCGAGCUGCGGGGGUCCUGCUCGACUCUCAUAGGGAAGAGAGGUUAGCGACGAGGCAACUAUAUGCAUCUCGCGGCAUGUAUGGUAAUCAACCACGGAAAGUUACAGUUAGUUUUACUGGAUAGGAGCGGCAUUAGCACAGUAAAUACGGUGACUUUGAUGUAUGUUGUGAAGCACUCCCCUUUUUGAGACGGCACCAUUUAAUAGCGUCCUUGUAACAGGACUGGCAAGAGUGAAGCAGUGAGAUUCAGAGAGGCAGCAGCAGGCACAGCACAUGUAUCCACUUCAACUGCCCCAAACUCCUCAGCAAGUUUUAACUCCGGAUUGUGGUUGUAUUGUAUUUCAAUAACUAUAUCUACGUUUGGGAAGUUGGAGUAUUUACUUGAAGGAAAGAUCAUCAACAUUUCCCUUGUACUGUAAAUCAUGUGGGAACGAGAGGGUGGAGUGUUUGUGUGGUCGCAGAGAAAUGGUAGGAGGAUUCCUUAAUAUUUUACAGUACAGAAACCAACCAAAACAUCCUCAGUGAAAUUAAGGGCUAUCCAAUGCACCCAGGAAAGGAGUAAAGUGAGUUGGGAAAGACCAUUGCCAGGCAUGCCAUGGCUCCAGUCAAGAGCAAUUGGAUCUGGACACUUCUGGUUGGCUUUCAGGCUCUCUUUGAGGUGAUUGGAGGAGUUUGGAGUGGUGGGCCAUCUGCUUCAGUGGAUCAUCUGGACUGUCAACGAGCAGAGCACCCUCUUGUAACUCAUAGAGACAUUGCGCCUUGGCUACACACAUUUAAAGCUGCAAAUGUAAUAGACUACUCUCAGAUGACCUUUGACCCCACUCAAAAAGAGCUAAUCGUCGGUGCAAAGAAUGACCUCUUCAGACUAAAACAGGAGGAUCUGACUUUAAUCCAGAAGGUGGAAUGGACCUCGGAUGAGAUGACAAAACAAAUCUGCUUCAGCAAAGGAAAAACUGAGGAAGAAUGUCAAAAUUACAUUCGGGUCCUCCUUGUCAACAAGAACACCAUCUUUACCUGUGGAACAAAUGCAUUUACUCCUGUAUGCACCAAUAGAACGCUGUAUAAUCUAACACAAGUCCAUGAUCGCAUCAGUGGUAUGGCUCGGUGCCCAUACAAUCCACAACACAAUUCCACUGCGUUGAUUACAUCUACAGGAGAACUCUAUGCUGCCACGGCUAUGGACUUCCCAGGGAGAGAUCAUGCCAUUUACCGCAGCCUGGGAGGCCUUCCUCCACUACGUACUGCUCAGUACAACUCAAAGUGGCUAAAUGAGCCAAAUUUUGUGUCAUCCUAUGAUAUUGGAAACUUCACCUAUUUCUUUUUUCGGGAAAAUGCAGUGGAGCAUGACUGUGGUGAAGCUAUUUUCUCCAGAGUAGCUAGAGUAUGUAAAAAUGACAUUGGAGGGAGAUUUCUCUUAGAAGGCACCUGGACAACGUUCAUGAAAGCUCGACUGAACUGUUCUCGACCUGGUGAAAUUCCAUUUUAUUACAACGAGCUCCUAAGAACAUUCUUCUUGCCUGAGCAAGACAUUCUUUAUGGAAUCUUCACUACAAAUGUGAACAGUAUCGCGGCUUCAGCUGUCUGCAUGUUUAAUCUGAGUGCUAUUACUCAAGUUUUUACGGGGCCAUUCAAAUACCAGGAGAAUUCCCGUUCAGCCUGGCUACCUUUCACAAAUCCUAAUCCAGAUUUUCAGUGUGGCACUAUCGAUUAUGGUCCUUACAUGAAUCUCACUGAGAGGAACCUCCAGGAUGCUCAAAGAUUUAUACUAAUGAACGAAGUGGUGCAGCCAAUUUUUCCAGUCCCUUUCUUCAUGGAAGACAAUAGUCGAUUUUCCCACAUAGUGGUGGAUGUUGUGCAGGGAAAGGAUAUGCUCUUCCAUGUUAUGUACUUGGCUACAGACUAUGGAACCAUCAAGAAAGUUCUCAUCCCUGUGAAUGAAAGCGAGAGUGGCUGUUUGUUGGAAGAAGUAGAACUUUUCCCAGCUGAUCAGCGUGAGCCCAUAAGGAACCUCCAAAUCUUACACAGUCAAAGCGUUCUGUUUGUUGGCCUGCGGGAACAUGUGAUAAGAAUCCCCCUCAAACGCUGUUCCUUCUACAGAAGUCAGAGUUCAUGUGUGGGAGCUCAAGACCCCUACUGCGGCUGGGACUUAGUUCUAAAGAAAUGUACAACGUUAGAAGAGAGUAUGAGUAUGAGCCAGUGGGAACAAAACAUCAGCUCAUGCCCAAUAAGAAACGUGACAAUGAAUGGUGCUUUUGGAUCCUGGUCACCAUGGAGACGCUGCAAACAAACGGAUGGCAAUGUAAAUGGCGUGUGCAUCUGUAGAUCUCGUUCAUGUGAUAGUCCAGCUCCACAGUGCGGAGGGCAACAGUGUGAUGGUCCCAGUAUGGAGGUUGCAAACUGUUCCAGGAAUGGUGGUUGGACUCCUUGGACUUUGUGGUCUCCUUGCAGUACAAGUUGUGGGAUUGGAUUCCAGGUCCGACAGCGGUUUUGCAGCAACCCGACUCCUCGACAUGGAGGGCGCGUCUGUGUGGGACAAAAUCGUGAAGAGCGGUAUUGCAAUGAGCAUCUGCAGUGUCCUCCAUACACAUUCUGGACACCUUGGGGUCCAUGGGAACGUUGCACUGCACAAUGUGGAGGAGGGGUUCAGGCUCGGAGAAGAACGUGUCAGAAUGGUGACGACUGUCCGGGUUGCAACAUGGAAUAUCAAGUUUGUAAUACUAACCUAUGUCCAGAACUGAAGAAGACCACCCCUUGGACCCCCUGGACACCUGUUAACAUCUCAGACAAUGGAGGUCAUUAUGAGCAGAGGUUUAGGUACACAUGCAAGGCACGCUUGGCUGACCCAAACUUGUUAGAUGUUGGCCGUCAAAGAAUAGAGAUGCGCUACUGUUCCAGCGAUGGAUCAACAGGCUGCUCUGCAGGGGGGUUUUCUGGAAGCAUUUUACGGUAUGGCAGAUUUUCUGCUUACGCAGUUAACGGGGCUUGGUCUGCCUGGCUGCCAUGGACACAGUGUAGCAGAGACUGCAGCCGAGGAAUUCGAAGCCAUAAACGAACGUGCAAUAAUCCCGAGCCAAGGAAUGGAGGACUUCCCUGUCUAGGACAAUCGAUGGAAUACCAGGAGUGUAAUAUCAUGCCCUGUCCAGUGGAUGGUGGCUGGUCCUGUUGGGCAUCUUGGUCCAAGUGCUCAGUUACCUGUGGAGGUGGACAUUACAUGAGGACUCGGUCCUGCAACAAACCUGCAUCUGCCUAUGGCGGAGACAUCUGUCUGGGUCUGCACACUGAAGAAGCGUUGUGCAACACACAUCCUUGUCCAGAUAACUGGUCAGAGUGGUCAGCAUGGUCAGAGUGUGAAGGGCCAGGUUCACAACAUCGUAUUCGUCACUGUAAAAUAUUAUUUCCAAUGGGUUUCCAGUGUUCGGAGAACAGCAGUGAGAGCCGAACCUGCGCUUAUUCCAAUCUCAUUCCAGAAGUAUACAUUGCUAAGUCCAGUUCAGCAGAGAGACGAUGUGGUGAAUUCAACAUGUUCCAUAUGAUUGCUGUGGGACUCAGUUGUUCCAUCUUAGGCUGUCUCCUAACAUUACUCGUAUAUACUUACUGUCAGCGAUAUCAACGGCAGUCCCAUGAUGCCACUGUUAUCCAUCCAAUUUCUGCAGUUCCCCUCAACACCAGCAUCACAAACCACAUCAAUAAACUCGAUAAAUACGAUUCUGUGGAAGCCAUUAAGGCCUUCAACAAAAAUAACUUGAUCCUUGAAGAAAGAAAUAAAUACUUCAACCCACAGAUACAUCCAAAGUCUUUCUCCAACACAUAUUUCACGGACCUAAAUAUGUAUGAUGACUAUUAGAGCGAACAAAAUCUCAUGUUAGACUGGACUACAAAUUUAAGAUCCACCUUUUUGAAUCUGGACUGAAGAUGAGAUCGAUAUUUCCAUUCUUGCCUUUUGCUCAUCUGCAAUGUUAGCACCAGAAAUGAUCCAGAGGAUGGUGAAUUCUCAGCCAAAUUGGAACUAACCCGUUCUGUUCUGCAGUGGUAGAAGUGAAGAUGAAAAUGACUAUUAUAAAGUAAGUGAACCAAUGCAAACAGUGCCUGGGAACACAACAUUGAUGGUUAAUGAACUAUGUGUUUUACCAAGUCCAAUGAUGUGGCAGCAAGAACCAGAAUUAAUUCAUUGAGUUUUUGUAAGAAAGUUGUAACAAAUGGAACAAGUUUCUGUGGUGCCCAUAUGGGAUCGUGGCAGUCUGCUUUGUAUUACUAGGAAUGUUCAAUUGUAUUCAAUGUUGCCCACUUCAUGCCAUUCCAAAGGCCCAGCCAGCUGCAACUUGUCGAUCAAAGUUUAUUCUUAUUCAAUUUUUCCAAAUUAGUGAAAAAGCUGAUCCUAAAUGUGGCUGUGUUGCUCUUUAAUUUCUAUGGUCUCAUUACUGACCAGUUUAAUUUGAAUGUUUGAGAAUGCAGACAAUCAUGAAAAUAUUUUCCAUGUUAAACCUCAAACAACUGUAAAUAACUGACCAAACAUAUGCAUAGUGCAAAUGGUUAACUGUGCAUAUAGUUUAACAACAUGGUCAGUGGACCCAUUGACUGCAUUAAUUAAUAAUUGUAAUGCUGAAUAUAAAAGUGACUUUGGUUCAGUCCAUCUGCUGUAAAUAAUUGCAGCUUAGCUGCAUUUAGGCUAAUUAUCCUUUUUCUGGUUUUGUGUAGAGGGUCCUAAAGUUGCCGAUUCAGAUUGCUUCCCAGUCAGUAUUUUCUGCAUGAGAUGUAUUACUGUAGCUGCAGAGUAAUUUUCUGCCUGAUUGUUGUGUUUUAUGGGGCUUCUGGCAGCUCUGUAUCAGAUGUGAGUUUUGUGUUUUACAUUAUAUUCAGUGUUAUGCUAAAAUUUUAGCAGAUGUGCAGCUAUUUAAUUUAGUCAAAUGAUCAUAUAAUAAGCUUUUAAUAGAGAAUCAAGAUAGCAGCUUCUCUAUUGAACCCUUGACAUUUUGAAAAUCCAAUAAUAGCAGAGAAGUGAGAUCCAUUUCCACUUUUGCAGUUUUAAUUGUUCUCAUCAGAUGCCAUUGUGCAUUAUUUUACUGUAAUCUACAAUAUCAAUACAAAGUAGAGUACAUCCCAGCGGUAUGAAGUAGUAUACACCCCAGUGGUAUGAACAUUGACUUCUCUAAUUUUAGAUAUCCCUUGCUUUCUCCUUCCUUCCCCUCCUCUUUCUCAGUUUUCCCACAGUCCUACUGUCUCCUCCUACUUCUUUUCUUUUACCCACCCCCCCACAUCAGUCUGAAGAAGGGUCACAAUCCGAAACAUCGACUAUUCCUUCUCUCCAUAGAUGCUGCCUCACCCGCUGAAUUUCUCCAGCAUUGUUUGUAUCAUAUCAUUACUAUAUCUGGGUUAACAAAUUUGUUAAAAUAUUUCCCAUAUAAUAUGUAUAUGAAAGCAUAAGUAGCAUGUUACCAGCUAGCAAACUCAGAAAUUUAUUGAAAAUUGAACUGGUAAUUGUCAACUCUAUGCUUCCAAAUCAGGUCAGCAGCUGAAAUAAUGAGUUAGAAAUUGUCUCGUUUCAAAAUGUGUUAAGCACAGAGCAUUUCAUGUACAAACAAUAGACAAUAGGUGCAGGAGUAGGCCAUUCGGCCCUUCGAGCCAGCACCGUCAUUCAAUGUGAUCAUGGCUGAUCAUCCUCAAUCAGUACCCCGUUCCUGCCUUCUCCCCACAUCCCCCGACUCCGCUAUCUUUAAGGGCCCUAUCUAGCUCUCUCUUGAAAGUAUCCAGAGAACCUGCCCCCACCGCCCUCUGAGGCAGAGAAUUCCACAGACUCGCCACUCUCUGGGAGAAAAAGUGUUUCCUCAUCUCCGUUCUAAAUGGCUUGCCCCCAAAGACCCCAUAAAUGGCACAAGCAAUAUAUAUGAAAUAGGGCCCUAUUGGUAAAUUUAAAGGGACCAAUUGCAUCUUUCCCAAUGUGAAGAAUUUCUAGCCCUGCAUUUUUUUUUUUUUGCCACUACUACAGAAACCACACGAGAAAAAAGAGUGGAAAUCCUUGAAAAUAACUUUUUCUCCCUGUAAUUGACAAUCCACCAAAACAAUAAUCACACCUUGAUCAUUUCACAUGACAGGCUACAAGUUAAAAAAGAGAGUAAUGGAAUAAUGAGAUAAAAGUGACAAAUAUUGUAAAAUAUCAGAUCAGGCAGCAUCCGUGGGGAAUGGGAAGAGUGAGAAACAAUGUGUAACAUUUCAGAUCAAGGAAAGGUCUGCACACACAUAAAUUCCAGACCCCUGACAAAAUAUUUGCAUGGAAGAUCACCAACCUGAACCCUCAAUCUUGUUUCUCUUGCCACAGAUCCCGCCUCAUCUGAAUAGACUGGAUUAGAUCAAAUAUCUAAUAUCUGAAUAUUUCUAGCAAUUUCGAUUAACUGACAAAUCUCAUUUAACAUUUUCUCAUUUUCCCUUUAUGAGAAAAAUAAUAUUUUCAGUAGUCAACAUAAUCCAUCCCAUUGCUUUCACUAGAGAGGAGACAAGAAACUUCAAAUACUGGAAUCUUGAGCAAAAACCAAAGUGCUGGAAAAAUGCAGUAGUUCAGGCAGCAUUGGUGGAUGAAAAUGACACGUACAUUUUGGGUUAAGACCCUUCUUGAGAUUGGUGAAGGGGAGAGAGCUGGAAAGGAGAGAUGGUGGUGGGACAAAGCCUAGCAAGUGAUACGGGGGAGGGGGGUGAUAGUGACAAAGUUUAGAGAUGAAAAAUGUGUCAGAUAAGGAAAGAAGGAGUAAAAUAUAAAUCCACAGUGAGGCAUAGCGAUAAAAACGACUUUGGGAAGGCAUGGUGAAAUGGGAGGUGGGAGGGUGGGGUGCAAGAUAAGUUUAUGGAGGAGCACAAAGGGGCAGGAUUACCAGGAUUAAAGGAGAAAUGUGCACGCAUUGGGGCCCCUUAUUUCGCCCAACCUCUCACCCCGAUGCGCACACGCCUACUGCAUUCCCAAUGUGGCCUUCUUCAGCAGGAACAAGCGUAGAAUGGGCAAACAUUUUAACCAAAUACUUGUAUUCUGUCUGCCAGGGUCUAUUGGGCACGACCUUUCUGUCCUUGACCCUCCUACAUUUGUCAGAGCGAGUCCAAAGGUAAACUGGAAGUACUGGACCUCAUAUUCUGUUUAUCGGACACACAUUUGUCUCUUUUUCAUCUCUUGUCCACCCGCUUUGAUAGCAUACAUCCCAAUGUAACUGCAUUCUCCAAUUUCUAGUAAUUCCACCCCGACUCCCCUUCACUUUCCCUGUCCCCACACCACCUCAGUGUACAUAAACUUCUCUCACCACCGCCUCAGUCACCCUGCCUUUUUAUCCCUCCUCUGAAUGCUCCUCUCCCAUCCCCGUGUCCCAUAUUUCCUCUUUCUCCGCCACUCAACCACAGACCGCUCCCUCCGGCUUGACUUUUCACACCUCAUUUUCCUAUCGGACAUGCUUUUGAUUCCUCUUCAGCCUUCAUCAUUCAUUCCAUCCAUCCACGAAUCACCCCACAUCCACUUAUCAAUUGUGCAAGAAGGAACUACAGAUGCUGAUUUAAACCGAAGAAAUGGGUGACAUUUCGUGUCGAAACCCACUGAAGAAGGGUCUUGACCCAAACCAUCACCCAUUCCUUUUCUCCAGAGAUGCUGCUUGUCCCACUGAGUUACUCCCGCUUUUUUUUGUCUAUCCACCUUUCGAUUGCCAGGUUUGGCCCUACCCCCACUUUUUCCCGCUACUCAGUCUGAAGGGUUGCGACCCAAAAUGCUGUCUGCCUAUUUCCUCUGCAGAUGCUGCCUGGCCCAUUUAGUUCCUCCUGCACUUUGUAUUUUGUUGCCAUUUGACUACCAUUAUUAUUUA